CUCCGAAUUCCGAGUUGGCGGCGCGGCGCGGAGCGGCAGGCGCGGCGGCCAAUGGGAGCGGGCGAGCUCGGCCGCGUCACGGGCCGGCACACGGGCCCGCGGCUGAGGUAAAGCGGAGCGUGUGGCGGGGCGCCGCGGCGGCUGCUUCGGCGGCGCAUGGAGGCGAUGCCUUGCCGCGACCGGCGCGUGGUGGGCCCGGCGGGGGCAGAGGCCGGGAUGCCGGCGAGCGGCGAGGGCGGGCCUCGGCAGCUGCGCUUCGCCGACCCCGGCCCGGGCAGCGGUGACAGCCUGAGCCCGGACAGCAGCAGCAGCAGCGCCGACGGCAGCCGAUGCUGCUGCGCUGGCGGGAACGGCUGCUGUGCGGGCGACGGGGGCGCCGAGGCGGCCACGACGACGGCGACGGCGACGCGCCACGACUGGCCGGGAUCGGCGGCGGCCCAGCUCAAACUCCUGCCCAUGAACGACCAGAUCCGGGAGCUGCAGACCAUCAUCCGCGACAAGACAGCCAGUAGAGGUGACUUCGUAUUUUCUGCUGAUCGUUUGAUCAGACUUGUAGUUGAAGAGGGAUUAAAUCGACUACCAUAUACAGAAUGCACAGUGACCACUCCAACAGAUGUCACUGGAUUCUUUCCUCAGAUUUCUGACUUGGAGUCAGAAUAUACACAACUAAUUAUUCAACAACAUCAACUCAGGUACAAAUAUGAAGGAGUGAAAUUUGAAAAGGGAAACUGUGGGGUCAGCAUAAUGAGAAGCGGGGAGGCGAUGGAACAGGGCUUGCGCGAUUGCUGCCGAUCUAUACGAAUAGGAAAGAUCCUGAUCCAGAGCGACGAGGAGACCCAGAGAGCCAAAGUAUACUAUGCAAAAUUUCCACCAGACAUCUACAGAAGAAAAGUCCUCCUCAUGUACCCCAUUCUGAGCACUGGCAACACUGUGAUCGAGGCCGUAAAGGUUCUCAUAGAACACGGGGUUCAGCCCAACGUUAUAAUCCUGCUGAGUCUAUUCUCUACUCCCCAUGGUGCCAAAUCAAUAAUCCAGGAAUUUCCAGAUAUCACAAUUUUGACAACAGAGGUUCAUCCAGUCGCACCUACACAUUUUGGGCAGAAGUAUUUUGGAACAGAUUGAAGUACUUAGCCCGUUUGUGUUUUGUUACUUGCACCUGGAUCUUUUCCUGGAACAGGGGCAUUUUUCACUAGAAACGGUUGAUACGUCCAGACUCCAGCCAGUCUUUGGAUAUAAUUUUAGAUUGCAUUCCUAAACUGUAUUAGGAGUUAUGUAACUCUAAUAAAGAUGUGUAAACAACAUGCAGGCACAAUUCAAAAGACGGUGUGUGCAAAACAUUACACUGCUCACAUAUGAAUAUAUGGGCUAAUGGAAGAGGCAAUGCAUGCCCAUCAGAUCUAGGUUGCGGAAUUCUGAAUACCCAACCCAGGGUUGCAAAGGGAUACAGAAAAUGCUUUGCUUUUGCUGCCAUCUGGUGAUUGCUCAGAUUUUUAUACCACAGGUCAGCUAGUUUUCUUUUGAUAGUAAAUCUUACUGAUUUUUAAAUUAAAUACAAUUAAUGCACAAAUGAGAACAAUUAAAGACAAAACUAAUGUUUCAUUUCAUUAAAGGUGAAAUUGUACACAAUUUUAAAGCAAACCAUUUCAGAAAGAUCAUUGCUGGGUAUCAGCCAUUGUAGGUCACUGUCCGGACAAUAUUUUUAGCUUGGCUGAUAUAUCAGUAAUUGUCUCCUGGUUGCUAAUCAGCUGGUACCUACAACCACAGAUUAUUUGCAUUUUUUUGGGGG